AUGGACCUUGCUACUAAAACAGCCAAGGCUGAUCCAUGCCUUCUUGACUGGAUAGAUGACUACAUAACCAGGCCAGAUGUUCAGAAAGCUUUACAUGCCAAUGCAACUGCCUUUCCCUAUUCUUGGAAUUCUAUUUUUCAGGGGAAUAGGGAUACCAAUUUGUACAACCUUGCUAUUGACAUAUUGCCGACAUUGUCAACACUUCUAAAGAGUGAUAUCCCAGUUCUGAUUUACAGUGGAGAUCAAGAUUUAAGGAUCCCUGUCACACACACUAGAAUACUUGCAAACGAGCUUGCUACACGCUUGGAGCUUACCAUUUUGGAGAUGAAUGAACCAUGGUAUGAUGGCAACCAGAUUGGAGGAUGGAGUGUAACAUUCGGAAAAUUGGGUGAAGGUAAAAAGGUAGCAAAUUUGACAUUUGCAACAGUAAGAGGUGGAGCUCAUUUUGUGCCAUCUUCAUCUCCCUCGCAAGCUCUCACACUUUUUAAGGCAUUUCUCAAGGGAUCUUCACCACCCAAAAAUCACUCCGACCACUAG